AUGGCACCGCCAGCGAAGCGCCGCAGGCGGAACCCCGUUGAUGACGACGACGACGACGAUGACGACGAACAGCCUCGAACCAAUACCUUGGCCAACUACCUCGUCACAUCCCCGACCUCGACUGCCAGUAGCCGAAUCCAAACAGCGUCGCCCAGUCCUGUCAAGAAGGGCGUCGGCUCCGGCGAGCCUUCUGCCAUCACGACCCCGAAGAAGGCCCGCAGAGCACCGCUGCAAAAGAAUGGCGCAAGUAUCAGUCCUAAGAAACUCCGGGCCAGUGGCAAAGCCGAAGAUAGGGGAAAGACGGCAGACUUGAAGACCUUGUUCUCGAAUCAGGCUCAGCGGGCGACAAGGACGGGCUUUGGAAUCGACAAGAGGAACGCUCCAAUCGAAGACAUAAUCAGUGACCCAAUCAGUGACCCCAUUUCCGAGGAGGACGAGAUAUCCGAGCUCAAGACUAGCUCCUCCAGCCUAGUCGGCCAGCACGUCAAGAAGCGCUUGAGAAAGGGGGCCGAAGUGGCCUCUGCUGAAGCACCCAACGCGAGCCAAAGGUUUCUCAGGCCGCCAAAAGCUCCUGGCUUAGUGGUGAAUGACGACGACCUGCGACCGUGGUCUGAGCGGUUUGGUCCUCGGAACCUCGACGAGCUCGCAGUACAUAAGAAGAAGGUCGCGGACGUCCGGAGAUGGCUGGAAGAUGUUAUCGCAGGCCAGAUGCGACAGCGAAUCCUCAUCCUGAAGGGUGCCGCGGGCUCUGGCAAAACCACGACGGUACGACUGCUUGCCCAGGACAUGGGUUGUGAGCUCCUGGAGUGGAAGAACCCCGCGGGAUCGUCAGCGCUUGGCUUUGUGUCAACCUCGGCCCAGUUUGACGAGUUUCUGGGGCGAGGGGGCAAGUUUGGGACCCUGGAUUUGGAAGAUCCAUCAACCCCCUCAGCCCCCAGCAGCUUCAAUGGGGCUGCUCAGGACCAGACCAAGAGGAUGAUACUCGUUGAGGAAUUUCCAAACACCUUUUCGCGAUCUUCCUCGGCCUUGGCUUCCUUUCGAAAAUCCAUUCUUCAGUAUCUCGCAGCGCACACUCCAUCUCGGCCAUCGUUCGGCCGGAACACACAGAGAGAACCUACCAACCCCAUUGUUCUGGUCAUCUCGGAAACUUUGUUGACUACGACAUCGGCAUCGGCGGACAGCCUGACUGCUCAUCGACUGCUCGGGCCUGAGAUCCUCCGGCAUCCCGGCGUGACCGUCAUUGAGUUCAACCCUGUUGCCCCCUCGAUUCUGACCAAGGCUCUGGAGCUCAUUGUUCAGAAAGAGGCUCGCAAGUCUGGUCGCCGGAGGACGCCAGGGCCACUGGUACUGAAGCGGCUCGGCGAAAUUGGAGACAUUCGCAAUGCCCUGUCGUCCCUCGAGUUUCUUUGCCUCAAGGGAGACCAAGAGGUGGACUGGGGCGCCAAGGUGACAUUUACGAAGCAGAAGCGGGGCGUACGAGACGCAAUCGGCCUGACGGAGGGCGAAGCGGAGAGCCUCGAGUCCGUAUCUCAGCGCGAGGCUAGCCUCGGAAUCUUUCACGCGGUUGGCAAAGUGGUGUACAACAAGCGAGACGAGGCGCCUCCUCUGGGCGACACGGUUGAGAACUUGCCGGCGUACUUGGCGCAGUACGCGCGGCCCAAGAGGUCUCAGGUCGCUGUCGACUCCCUCAUUGACGAGAUGGGAACCGAUACGCAUACUUUCAUCUCGGCUCUGCACGAAAACUACAUCUUGUCCUGCGAGAGCACGGGACCGAUGGACCUGUCGACGUCCAUGGACUACAUCAACAAAUGCGUCGAGUACCUCUCUCUCGGCGACCUGCUCUCCCCGUCUCGAGAUGUCUUCUUUGGCGGAAGUCGUGCGGGCUUUUCCGGGCGAGACUCUGGUAGCCACCACCUCCGGCAGGACGAGAUGACGUUCCAGGUCGCCGUGAGGGGAAUGCUUUUCUCGCUACCGCACCCCGUCAAGCGGAAAACGAAGUCGGCGUCCAAGGGCAGCGAUGCGUUCAAGAUGUUCUACCCGACGGGCUUGAAGCUGUGGAGGGAGAAGGAGGAACUCGAGGGCCUCGUCGAGCUGUGGUCGUCCAAGCUGCUCAAGGGAGAGAAGGCGCUGCCGACCCAGGACCUGACGGACGGCGCAAACGCCUUUCGGAAGUCGCGGAAAUCAUCGUCCGGGGCUUCCUCGUGGAUGCAGCGGCAACAGCAGGGCAAGGCCAGCGAACCCAAGGAGGACGCGCAGGACACACCGCCGCCGCUGCUGUCGCUCGGCAGCGCCGCCCGGCGCGAGAUGCUCCUCGACCGCCUUCCCUACAUGGCGCAUGUAGCUCGCGCCCGCAAGACGGGCGGUAUCCGCCUGCGCGACCUCGAGAAGGUCGUUUCCUUCCACGGUGUCGCCACCCCCACGGAUGAGGGAUCAGACGCCGAUGCCGACGACGACGCGGCCGCUCCGUCGGGCGAGGCCUGGGCGACGGACCGGCCAUCGGAGGAGGCAACGCCGCGCAAGAAGAGCGCCGGCAUCAAGGCUGGCGCCGUGUCGGGCUUGCUGGCGCAAACGUUGGUAUUGAGCGAUGAUGACAUCGAAGACUAG